CGGCACAUCUGCAUGGCGCCGAUCGAUCGACGGCACACGAAGAAAAGCAGCGCGCAGGCAGAGACUCUCGGUGUUUCCGUCGUCCCAAACACACAGGGCCAGGCGGAAGAGAGGGCUGAGCCUGAGGCGGCUACUCGAUCGGCAUGGGCCGUUGGUUGAAGCCGGAUGUUUACCCGCUGAUCGCGGCCAUGUCGGUGGUGGCGGGGAUGUGCGUGUUCCAGCUCACCAGGAACGUCUUCAUGAACCCGGACGUGAGGGUGAACAAGCGCAACCGGCAGAGCGCGGUGCUGGAGAACGCGGAGGAGGGCGAGCGGUACAGCCAGCACUCCUUCCGGCGCUUCCUCGGCACGCAGCGCCCCGAGGUCUUCCCCGCCCUCAACCGCUUCUUCUCCGAGCCCGACAAGUGAUCGGGCGGCGCGCCCGCCAUGCGUGCGUGCGUGCGUGUUCUCCCGCUGCUGUUCGGUGUGCAUGCGCGUGUGGAUGUGCACGGUGCGUCUGCGCCAUGGGACGUCUCUGAAAAUCAUGCUGUGGUGUGCCGAAUAAAAUAGAGGUCUCUUGUUCGUGAUCGAUGAUGUACUUACGUUUGGAUUUCUGAUUGGCUUGAUCGAAGUACCAAAUAUAAGUAAUCUAGGUGCCAUUUUCGGUGGCGUUUAGUUAUUGAUGAAAGUGAUUGGUUCUUCCA